UAUACAGUAGUGUCACUCCACACCCGAGUUUUUUCGUUGCCAAGAGUGCAGAACGAGUGAGAGAGGAGAAAACGAAGGAGACAAAGAUUAGUGCACAAAUCGACAACUCCAUGGAAGAAAAUCAAUCAAACAACCCAGCAGAUAAACCCCAAGAUACAAUUGCUCAAAAGAAACAUGCUGCGAUGAUUGAACGCCUCUCGAAUCUCCACCAAUCUCGUCUUCAACAAGCUGUCUCACGUAAGUCUGAUUCAAACGAUUUACCUGCUUUUGAAUCCACUAAAUCAUUUACAGAUCGAUUUUAUGAAUUUAAAAAAUCAAUCGAAACUGAAAUCAACCGGUGCCGUCUUGUUACUGAUCCAGAAUCAAAAGCUAAUCUGAAAUCCGAUCUCGAUAAACUGUCGAUUUCGAUUUCUGAACUUGAGAAACUAGUUGCAGAAAAUUCAUACUUCCUGCCUUCUUAUGAAGUGCGGGCGUCUCUGAAAACUAUAUGUGAUUUGAAAGAAACAUUAGACAGUGUUAGUUUUGAGUUAUUACCUAAGAAGAAAUUCUCAUUUAGGAAUAAAUCUACUGCUGCGAAGAAAGAUCAGGUUAAUGUGGUUACAACUGAGAAUGAAAAUAGUGGUUUUGAUUCGGUUUUAGCUGAAAAAUGUAGUAUUCAAGUUCGGGAUUCUCCUGGGUUUCGUAACAAAGAGGGAGUUGUCUUGGUGAAAAGCUUUGGGAGUUCAAAAGAGGGAGAUUUCACUCUCUCGGACUUAAAUUCGUGUGAGGUGAGGGUAACUGGUUGUUUUAGAGCACUUUACAUUCAUAGAUUGAGGAAUUGUCGUGUUUACGUAGGACCUGUUAUGGGGUCGAUUCUUAUUGAACAAGCUGAGGAUUGCUUGUUUAUGAUGGCGUCUCAUCAAAUGAGGAUUCAUCAUGCUAAGAAGACAGAUUUUUAUCUUCGGGUUCGGAGUAGGCCAAUAAUUGAGGAUUGCAAUAGUGUGACGUUUGCUCCUUAUUUGUUGCGUUAUGAAGGAAUUGAUAAAGACCUUAAAGAUUCAAGUCUUGAUGAAGAGACUGGAAGUUGGGCAAAUGUGGAUGAUUUCAAAUGGUUGAGAGCUGUGCAAUCGCCUAACUGGUCCAUCUUACCUGAGGAAGAACGUGUUAGUGCGGUGAAUAUUUCAAAUCUGGAAACACCAAGUGAUGACAUUUAGGAUACUUUUGCUAAUCCUGUUGACUAUGUAGCAAGCUGAGGAUUUUGGAUCCUCAAAUGGCAAAAGUUAACCAAGAAACAUGGGUAUUUUUAUUUUCAUUGUGUUAAGAAUUUUAAAGUUAAUCAAUACUGGACACAGUUUGACGAUCUUUAACACAUAGAUGUGUUGUUUAAUGUAAUCUGUGUUUUAUAUGCAAAUCUCAGUUCAAGCAAAAAUAAAUAAAUAUAGCUACCCUAGCCGAGUUGGUUUUGUGUGAUUUCCCGUUUUUUGGGCAGGGAACCAGAAGUACAUACUAUACAUGUCCAGAUAGCAGAUAUAUGGCCAGUGCAGAACUUAUCUGUAGGGACUUACAGACAAUGCUGAACUGCAUUGUGCAGGAAAAAAUUUAAUUUACUAUUUUUAUUUCAAUAAAUUAGAAAUAUUAGGACAACUUGAUGAGCUUAUGGUUGCCUUGUGGGUUUCUUCACUUUUUGCUAGUUAUAAAAAGGCCAUAGGUUUUGUAUAAUCCCUGUCAGGUAAUGCUGGUCAUAUAUGCUUGCACUUGAGCUGCCAAUUUUCAUCAUACUUGAAAAAGCAAAACGCUGAAAUGGAGCAAGUAUUUUCCUGAGCAUAAGCUACCAGAUAAUGUCAUUGCAACAACUGAUGCAAAGACAAAGUCUGCUACUGCUCAGAAGAGUAAUACAAGUCAUGAGUUAACAGGGCAGAUCAGUCCCAAUGAUGUCGAGUAUUUUGAAGAGGUUUCCGGGGUUCAUGUACAGAUUAUAUUAGUGGCAUCUUUUCAUUUUCAUAUACAGAUUAUAUUAGUGGCAUCUUUUCAUUCAACACAGGAUCUCUUUCUAGAUGCCAAAGAAAGGAUUUGUGGAUGUGACACUGAAGAUCUUGGGAUGCAAUAUUUUUACUUUAUCUCCAAUCAAGGUUUACUGCCAAAAUUUCGAGUUUGCACCCAUUGGGUUGUUAGAUAUGUACAACUCUGGAGGAGCAAUUGAGACAGUGAAAUUCUUCAGCGAUCCACCAAAUGGAAGAACUAACAUUAAAGGGAAAGGUUUCGGUUGUUUUGGAGCGUAUCCAAGUGCAAGACCAAAGGUGUGCACUGUAAACACUGAAGAAGUGGUUUAAAAGUGAUGAUAACAUUAUCACUUCCUCUUGGCCCUUGGGAAAUUGCUAUUUAUGUAUGAAUCAGUCGUUUAAAAAUAUGAAAAUAUCAUUUCUCGAAUCUCAAUUCUCCGUUAUUAAUCAUAAUAUAAUAAAUUGAAAACAA